AUGAGUUUCUCGCUGCGACUGUGGAUCGCGAGUGUAAUCGCGCUUACACAGCUCAUCCAUGGAGCUUUCUGUUGGGGCAAAGAAGGUCACUACGCCGUCUGCAAAAUAGCCGAGAGCUACUUUGAGGAAGAAACUGUAGCUGCAGUGAAGAAACUCUUACCUGAAUCCGCUGAAGGAGAUUUAGCAUCUGUUUGCUCAUGGCCUGAUGAGAUCAAACACCAUUGGCAAUGGCGAUGGACUAGCCCUUUGCACUAUGUUGAUACACCUGAUUACAGAUGCAACUACGAGUAUUGUCGGGAUUGCCACGAUACUCAUAAGCAUCAAGACCGGUGUGUGACUGGAGCCAUUCUCAAUUACACAAUGCAACUUAUGUCGGCUUAUGAAAACUCGCCGAGUAUAGUCCACUACAACUUGACGGAAGCUCUCAUGUUCUUAUCACAUUAUAUCGGAGACGUUCAUCAGCCUUUGCAUGUUGGUUUCCUGGGAGAUGAAGGUGGAAACACGAUUACAGUCCGCUGGUACCGUCGCAAAACAAACUUGCACCAUGUCUGGGACAACAUGAUAAUUGAGUCUGCUCUUAAAACAUACUACAAUAAAAGUCUUCCACUCAUGAUUCAAGCUAUUCAAGCCAAUCUUACGCACGGCUGGUCUAAUGAUGUUCCGUCGUGGGAGUCAUGUCAACUUAACGAAACGGCCUGUCCAGAUCCGUAUGCAUCUGAAAGCAUAAAACUUGCCUGCAAGUAUGCUUACAGGAACGCUACUCCAGGGACUACUUUAGGAGAUGACUAUUUUCUCUCUCGGCUACCCAUUGUGGAGAAGAGACUUGCACAAGGUGGGAUUCGCUUGGCGGCCACUCUUAACCGUAUCUUUUCUUCAAAGCCUAAGCUUGCUGGAGCAUGA